CAAUCUACAAGAUUAGACAAGUUUGGACAAGGAAACAUGUUGGCCACAAUCAUACUCGCCGUAGCCAUCGUGGUACUAACUCUCACAUACCUCAGAGGAAGAUACAAUGAAAACUACUGGAGGAAAAGAGGAGUAGCUUUCUACCAAAGAAAUAAAACCGUCGGGCCUUUGUGGGAGUUCAUGACGGGAGAAAGACCAUUAUUCCAAGUGUUCAACGAACUUUACUGGAGAUAUGAAAAGGAGCCUGUUGUUGGCAUGGGCUCACUCGACUCACCUGGACUCUACGUGAAGGAUCCAACCAAUAUUCAGUUCAUCACACAAACUGACUUCCAGAAGUUUAAUCACAGAGGAAUCACAGUUUUAGAAGACGAUCACUUAGCUAAUAAUGUUCUGUUCCUACACGGCCAGAAAUGGAAAGUACUCAGACAGAAAAUGACACCGCUUUUCACAACAGCGAAGCUGAAGAACAUGUUCUACAUUAUUGACAAAAGCGUUCAAGACUUCGUAGAACAUUUGAAGCAACACCCAGAAAAACUAAAAGGUGACACAUACGAACAUUUGAGUCAUUUCUGUACUGCUGCUCUCGCAGCCGCUGUAUUUGGAAUCACCACGAAAUCAACGUUUGAUUCUCCAUUCCGCGUUAUGGCAAAAGAGGCAAUGACUCCUACAUUGAUGUCAAAUAUAAGAUUCGCUAUAAAUAACCUCAGUGAUACUCUCUUUAGGGCGUUGAGACUAAAAUUCUUCAAAAAUCAAGAGAAGUUCUUUAUUGGAGCAAUCAAAGAGGUACUCAAACAACGCAGGUCAGAUAGUACUGUCAGACACGACUUCAUAGAUUUGUGCAAGGAUAUUCAAAAGAGUGGUCCAAUGGUGGACAGCGAAACUGGAUACUCUUUGGAACCAACAGACGAGAUAUUGGCUGCUCAAGCAUUUUUCUUCUUCUUGGCUGGCGUUGAUCCCACAACUGCUGGUAUGUUUGGGCCUUUGUAUGAACUGGGCAGACACCCAGAAAUCCAAAAGAAGGUACAGGAUGAGGUAGAUGCCAUCUUCGAGAAAUACGGAGGAAAGCUGACGUACGAUGCAGUCUUGGAACUGAAGUACACCGAAUGUGUAUUGAAUGAGGGUCUUCGGUUGCAUACUCCAAUUGGCUUCAACUCGCGCCAGUGUGUGGAAGACUCGGUUCUGCCUGUAGGCAAUGUGCCUGUUGAGAAAGGUACGAAGAUAUUCAUACCUAUGUAUGAGCUGCAUCAUGAUCCUAAAUAUUUCCCGGAACCUGAGAGGUUCGACCCUGACCGCUUUACUAGAGGAGAAGUGAGUGAUAUGACGUACAUGCCGUUUGGGAUUGGUAAGAGGUUGUGUAUUGGUGCAAGAUAUGCUCGCAUGCAGAUCCUGACUGCCAUCGCCCAUAUCCUAAGGAACUACACGCUGGUCACACACAUCAAGGAGGGUGGUGUUCGGUACAGAAAGGAGCAGUUCCAAGUGCGACUCGCUAACUGUGAUAUCGAGUUGGUUCCACGGCAACUUUGAUUGUUGCAAAAAUUACUAUGUAUAUUGCUAGUACAAUGGACUUGUAAAUAAUUUGUUUUGAAAGUGGAUUAUGAAAAAAUUUUAAAUGGUAUUUAUUUACACAUAAUUUUAAAUUAUUCUUACAGUUAGGAAUUCUUAUAAGUAAUAGUAAGAAUGUGUGCGUUACUGUUAGAUGUGUUGUGUGUAAAUAAUGAUGUACAGACCUAUAUAAAACCGUAAAUCGGUCUUAUUAAGAUUGUUUAUGUGAUAUAGCUAUCAUCAUCAGCCUAUAGCAGUCCACUGCUGGACAUAGGCCUCCCCA